CACGUGACGGUGUUUCAACACACGCGAUGCAAUGUUCGCGAUGCAAUGUUCGCGAUGCCUCGUCAGGCCCUUCCUCGUCGUCGCGGCCACGUAAUGAGGAGAAUUGCAUUUUUCACAUGACCAGCCUCGCCCACGCGGAUCGCACGGCUCGUCCUAGAUGCAAUACACGCUCCUGAGAACUGAAAAUGAAGAGGAGCGCGAUAACGAAUUGGCAUCCCGCCAGAAGAAAAGUACAGCCGGCCAGCCGGGCAAGAUGUACUUCACCGUGCUGAUGAUACUUGGUACCUUGUUCCUAGGCUACAUCGCGAUAGCGAAUGACUUAAAACCGAUCAGGAUAGGUAGCAAAGCCAUCGACUCGUUAGCGUUUUCGUUUAACUUACAAAAGCCCUUCUACGUCGUGGUGAUUGACGCCGGCUCCACCGGCAGCCGCGUGUUGGCCUUCAGCUUCCACGAGUCCAUUCUCAAUGGCAAUUUGGUGCUGGACGGUGAGUUGUACAGCGAGGUGAAGCCCGGCCUGAGCUCGUUCGCGGACAGGCCGGCUGACGCCACCAAGUCUCUCAUCACACUGUUGAACAAAGCAAAGACGGUGAUCCCGCAAUCAGAAUGGCCUCGCACAAUGCUCACUAUGAAGGCCACAGCAGGCCUAAGACUGUUGCCUGAGCACAAGGCCAAUGCCAUACUGGAAGAGUGUAGGAAGCUCUUCCAGACGUCUGGAUUUCAGGUGGCGAAGAGCUCCAUCUCUAUUAUGGAGGGCACGGACGAGGGGAUCUUCUCGUGGUUCACCGUCAAUUUCUUGUUAGACCGUUUUACCUCACUCGGCUCUCAGGCGACCGUGGCCGCGCUGGACCUCGGCGGAGGGUCCACCCAGGUUACGUUCCAGCCGGACAGUGUUCAAGCCAAGAAGCUGGAGAAGCACGUCUACUCCAUCAAUGUGUUCAGCCACAAUAUGAGUCUGUACACGCACAGCUAUUUAGGCAUGGGGCUGAUGGCCGCCCGCAAGGCGAUACUAACUCAUGACAUGAACACGGAGGAUCUCGUCGCGGAUCCCAAGCUGCCGAUAGAGAUACAUUCCGAGUGCGUGAAUCCGAUCGUGUCCACCGAAUGGUCCUACGGCGGACGUGACUACGUCGUGAAAGGUCCCGUGAACGGCACGUAUAAGCUCGUGAAGACUCAGAACUUCGCCGGCGGCGACGAGAACAAGCCGAUCGUGCGCUUCGCGGAAUGCCUGAAGAUCAUCGAGAAGUACGUCGGCACCUUGGCGAACAAGCCGGUGGGCUUGAAGGAUCACGAGGUGUAUGCGUUUUCGUACUACUUUGACCGCGCGACUGAGGUAGCGUUAAUAGAUCCAUUUUUGGGUGGGGUCGUGCACCUCAGUUCUUUCUUGAAGCAGGCCAUGGAGACAUGUGACUACCCAAACACGGAUCAACCGUUCAUGUGCUUAGAUCUGACAUUUAUUUAUGUACUGCUGAGGAACGGAUUCGGCUUGGAGCCGUCAACAAAGUUAUACCUUUAUAAGAAGAUUAAUGGUCACGAAUUAAGUUGGGCUUUGGGAGCUGCGUUCAAUGUUCUUCAAAAUGGACUAUGACGAAUAUAGAAAAAUUACUCAAAAAGAAAGUAAAAUACUACGAUAAAAACGAAAUCCUCAGUAUGUUAUAUUAAUUAGUCAUAUGCUGUUACUUAGGUGUAGGUCUUGUUUUUCAAAUUGAAUUGAAGGGAUAAAAUAUAGAAAUACAGGAGAUGUAUUGUACUCUAAAACUUAAGGGAAAAAAGAAUAUCCCGGGAAAAAAACAAUCAUUGACGAAACUUGCAGGUUUUUGUACAAAAACUUUGGAUACAUCCAGACAUUCGAUACUUAUACAUUACCGGCGACUACCGCACAAUUGCCUAACAUCGUAGCCAUAACAACCUAUUUUUUAAUCACUUCUAUGGAAUGAGAGAAAAGCAGUAUUUAAUGCGUAUUUUUAGGUACAAAUGUAUAAUAUAUUUUUAUCUGAAAUAUCUGAACAUCUCUACAAGUGGGAGGACAUAUCGCCGUACGUUUGUGAUAGUUUGUUAUAAGAUUUGUAACUGUUUUACCGGAAUGUGUGUAUUCAAUGGUUUUUGGUUAAUCUAUUAUGCUAUCUAUUAUAUUCAUUUCUUGAUUUUAUCUAGAAGUGUGUGUGUGUGUGUGUGUGUAUGUGUGUGUGUGAUACAAGGGAUAUAUAUAUAUAUAUUUUCAAAAUAAAAAUUGAUAUAUACAUAUGUAUAAAAUCUACAUUAGUCUCUCAGUAUUACAUAUAAAUGUAAUCAAAGCAUGAUUCUAUAAUAACAGAAGAUUUUGACACAAAAAUUGACAAAAGUGGGACUAUAACUAUACAUAUCUCAAUUUGGUGCACAAAAACUACAGUUAUUAUCAUAAACCUAGUACAAAUAGAUUAUAUUCCCAAUACUAACUAUCUACCUGUUAAAGUAUGACAAUGAUGUAUAUAACAUCCAAAUUUUGUAUCUAUUGCUCUGUGCAAUAUUUUCUAAGAUUUCUUCCGAUUCUAAAAUAACGCAUUUACAGACAUUCUUGAAUAUUUAAUAUAAUGUGCCCGACAGAGCGAAAUAACGAAUUAUACAUAUGUACAAGAAAUUGUUAAAUAGUCUAUGAUAUAAUGUAUUCUAUAUAUGUACUAUUCCACAUACCCCCCAUAAAAGUAGAGACUUACGAUCAUGCAUAUAUAUGUAUAUGUGUGCCUUUAAGAUGCUGUUUUUGAGUAAAACGAAUAUAAAGUUA